CAGAGUGUACUUCUGUUUAAGCAGAUGAGAGAAGGAAAAUAGGAUUAUAAGUUUAUUUGCAAUGUUUUGUUAGGCUAAGAAAAAUAAUGUACAAUAUUCUUGCUAACCGCACCUCAAUGCAGUUUCCACAGUUUCACUGCUAUUCAUCUAAAAUGUCAAGGAUCUUCGAUAAGAGAAUUUUGCUGUUAGUAAUUUCAUUUUUAACAAGGCUGCAGAGUACAAAGGUACUUUCAGAAUGGAAGAAGUGUGGUGAUCGGGAAUGUGAGAUGGCAAUGAGCAGAGUUCAAGCCACUACAGACUACUUAGGGCCUGAUUGCCGGUAUCUUAACUUCAAAACAGGGGAAGAGAUAAUGGUAUACUCCAAACUUUCAAGGAAAAAUGAAAACUUGUGGACAGGAAGUAAAGGAAAGGAUUUUGGAUAUUUCCCAAAAGAUGCUGUGAAGGUUGAGGAAGUUUUUAUUGCAGAAGAAGUUGAAGUGCUCACUAAGGAAACUGAUUUUCUUUGUCUUCAUGGAGAUAAGUACAUUUUUGAAAAUGAAGAUAGCGCAUUACAUGAUUACAAGAAAGUAAGUGAAUAUUCAUCAUCUGAUGCAGAAUCAAAGCUGCAUGAAAAUGAACUCUUAAAACAUACAAGAGACUCUAUGCAAAAGGAAGAAAGAGUCGAAUCAGUUUCUGAAAAUGAUUCCAAGCAAUCUCACACUCAGGAGGAGUCUGCAAGCAAAAAGUUGGUUAGAAAAAAUGAGAACACAAAAGAUGAUACUGAAGAGCCACAAAUGCAGAACGGUCUCCCAAUAGAACCCAUUCCAACUCAGUCUAGUUGGAUUGCAGGAUGGUUCACCACAGGAAGUAAAAAUGAUGAAGAGCCCUUAAAAGCCGUUACUGAAUCUUUAGAAGAAAAUACAUAUCGAGGCCGAAAAAUAGCAGUAACUGCUGAAAAUGAUUUACAGGACCCAAACGAUGAGGAACAAGAACCCCCAGCAUCUGUUUGGUUUCAAGGUGGACUGAUGGACUUUCUGUAUUUUGGUGAAGAGAAUGUGGAUGUUGGUUUGGCAUCCGAAAAAAAUGAUCCACAAAUCCAUGAUGUUUCUGGUGUGCCUGGACAUUCCAGUAAUGAACAGGAAACAACAGUCACAGAGUUACUGACAGAAGAAGAAAAGAGUGAAAGCCAAGAAUCCAAAUCAAAUUGGUUUAAUUUGGGUUUAAGUAAUGUUCUUAAUUUUGGCAAUGCUGAGAAAGAUACAACUGCUAUGGAAGACGAGCAUAGCAGAGAAAGAGAGGAUGAAGCACAUAAGAAUGAAGAGCAGACUUUAGACCAGAAAGAAUCACACAUGGACAAAGAAUCAAAGGAGACAGUUAAAGCAGUGACAAAUGCAGAAGAUGAAGAGAAUUAUGCACAAGAAAUACUAGAUUCAAACAGUGAUAUGCCAAAUCCUGGGGAGAUACCAACAAGUGUGCGUAGUCUUAAUGACACCCAAACCAAUUCAAAUACCACAGAAUCAUCUUUUGAUAUACUAACAGGUGACAAAGAGAAGCCGAUUGAACCUUACAGUUCAGAACAAGACUUGGUAUCAGAAAGCCAACUGCUGAAAAUCACUGGAGUUAAAAAGAGAAACCAGAAGUCAGAAAGCAAACAUGGCCAGUCAGGUUGGUAUACAAAUAUCUAUAAUAGCUUUAUUAAUUAUAAUAUGGACACACAUGAUAAUCAACAGGGACAUGAAUCAAUUGCAUCAGAUCAGAUUUCUUCUUUUCCUACCCCCCCUCAGAAUUGUGAUCCCUCAGCCACAAAAAAUACAGAAGAAAAGCCUGACAUAGCUGAAGGACAGAGCCAUUUCUUCUCUUUUAGUCGUUUUGCGGACAUACUGAAGUUCCAGAGCUCAAUAGCCAAAGAGCAAGCGCAGAGUUCGCAAGAUUAUGUGUUUUUCAGUGAAGAAACCCCUCAAACUGAAAAUGAUGAUGAAAUAUUACAAGGAAAUAAUAACAGAGCAAUGAAAGUACAAGUAAAUCAGAGAGUUAGUGAGGAGCUAUCUGAAAAAGAUGAGGGUACCAUCCAAGAAAGCAAUCUGUUUUCCUCACUAGCUGUGCAAAAUAAUGAACACAGUAAUGAAAAAGCAAAGCAUUUUGUCAAAUUAGUUAGCGAUAGCGAUGCUUCACAAACUUUAUCUGUUGAAACACUAGUACAACUUGAAGUAUCUCAAUAUGUACCCUUCUUUAGUUAUUCCAGUGCUGAAGAACACGUUUCUAAGAGUAGUGAAGGUCAGGAAAACACCAACAUAAAAGGUUAUUAUAAUGACCCUGUCUCCAAAGAUUCUCUACAUUUACCUUCAAAAUUAAAUUUUGAACAUACAGUGGAAAUUGGAACUCAUCUACAGGGAAAAUCAAAAAUGGAAACAGUUGAAACAGUGCAAAAAGAACAAAAUAACCUGAACACUUGUAUUCAAGAAUCAGUAAAUUCAGAAAACAAAUUACCAAGUUAUGGGGAACUACCAGGAACUGCAGAUAAUCAUCUGGGCAUCAAGAAUAACCCAUGUGACAGUGAACUGAGUCUUACUCUGGAAACAUCUGAGAAAGGCAAACCAGUUGAAUGCUGUGAUACAGAACAAAAUUCAGCAUUGAAAAGUCAGUCCAAAAUGGAUGGUGAUGUAAAAGAGAAAAUUCACAAACCAGAGAAUAAAAAUGACCCACCGUUUUUUUAUGAAAACAUCAUCAAAGAUUUCAGUCAGGGUAUUUUUAAUGAUGAACAGGAUCAGAAAUCUGAGGAGUCCCAAGAAUUGACUCCAGAUCAACCUUUUUCUCCUCCGCCCUCAUCUAGUCACUUCAGUAUAACAGGUACCAAAGCUUCUGAAGAAAUAGGCCACUUGGAAGACAUAUGGAGUUUCAGAAUGGAAGGAGUAGGCAGCAGAAGAAAGCUACUAGAAGAAACACCAGAGAAGGAACAUGAAAUAAAUGCAGCUGUAGACAGUGAACAUGACAGCGACCAACGUUCAAAAGCAAUAACAAUUCCUUCAGUAAAUUCUGAAGAAAAAAUGGACAGUUUAGUAGUUGAGUCUCCAUUUGAUGUUGAAAAGCCCUUCUCAGAUGCCAUCCAGAACUAUGUUCCAAGUAAUGGUAAGUGCUGGAUGUAUCAGAUACUUCUGUGCUUGAAUGCUCUUGAGAUCAGAAAAUCGAUAAAAUCUGUAUUUUCAGCAGUGACGAGUAUUAUCAAAAAGGCUGUGGCUUCACUGCCUGAAGAUAUGAGACCCGGUCCUGAUCUGUAUGGUCUCCCCUGGGAAAUAGUGAUUUGUGCUGGCAUUGUUGGAGCUUUUACAAUUCUCUUGUUCCUGUAUAGAAGUUAUCAGUCAGUUAGAAGUCGACUUUAUGUAGGAAGGGAAAAACAGCUUGCCAAUAAAAUUGCUGAACUACUUGAAGACAAAUGCAAAAUUCUUGAAAAACUCAGCCUUUGCAAAAAAGAGUUUGAAGUUUUAGAAUUGUCUCUGAAGGAUGAUAACAUUAUGAAAGAAUCAACAGACACAUCUUUUUUUGAGGAAAUGCAUGAAAAACUGAACAAGUCAAACUUGGAACUCAACCAAGAAAUAGAGAAUCUAGAAAAAGAACUGGAAGAAGAAAAAUCUAAGCAAUCUGAAAAUGAUAACUUGGUGGCUGAAAUUCAGAAGAGUGUAGAGUCUUUAGAGAAUGAAGCAAAAUCUAUCCAGUCACAAAUUGAUGAGGCCAAGUCCACCCUAAAAGUGUAUCAGAUUAAUACAGAGAGACUCAAGACAUCUGUUCAAGAUGCAGUAGAUGAAAACUGCCAUCUCCAAGAAAGUGAGAAACAGCUUUUACAAGAAGCUGAAGGAUGGGGUGAACGAUUUAGUGAACUAAAUGAACAAACUAAGAUGUUUGAAUCGUCUAAAGCAGAUAUAGAAGAAGUAUUGAAAAAUAAAGAGAGUCAAGUCAAGUCGCUGACACAAUACUUACUGAAGAUGAAAGACUGGAGUUCAGCAAUAAGAGAAGAUGAUGACACUGAAGAUAAUCACUGGGACACAGAUAUAAAGGGUGAAACAGAGAAUGGAGAGCACUUAGAUGAUCAGCAAAAACGAACUGUAAAGAAAUUGAUCUAUGCUGCAAAGUUAAAUGCUUGUUUAAAGACCCUGGAAACAGAAAGAGAUCAAAUGUAUUCAAAACUGUCUGAUGAAAAUAAAGCUAAAGGAGAACUUACAGAACGUAUAGAAAACCUUCAAAGUCAACAAGCUUCCCUGCAGUCUGAAAAUGAACAUUUGGAAAGUGAAGUUCAAAAGCUUCAGCAGAAACUUAAAGUAAUGAGUGAACUUUAUCAAGAAAAUGAAAUUAAACUACACAGGAAGCUGACAGUAGAAGAAAGAGAACGCCUACAGAAGGAAGAAAAGCUUUCUAAAGUAGAUGAAAAAAUUAAUCAUGCUGCUGAAGAACUAAACAGCUACAGACAGCGAGCAAAAGAUCUUGAAGAAGAGCUAGAAAGAACCAUUCGUUCUUACCAGAAUCAGAUUACUUCACAUGAGAAAAAAGCUCACGAUAAUUGGCUGACAGCCCGAGCAGCUGAAAGACACCUCAAUGAUAUAAAAAAAGAAAAUGCACAUAACAGACAAAAAUUAACUGAAACAGAAUUUAAACUUGAACUUUUAGAAAAAGAUCCUUAUGCUCUUGAUGUUCCAGUUAGACCAUUUGGCAGAGAGCAUUCCCCAUAUGGACCCUCACCAAUGGGCCGGCCUUCAUCUGAAACAAGAGCUUUUCUUUCCCCUCCAACUUUAUUGGAGGGUCCUUUAAGGCUUUCACCUAUGCUUCCAGGUGGAGGAGGAGGAAGAGGAUCCAGAGGACCAACUGCCAUGUAUGAAGGUGGUAAUGAAAGAGGAGAGCUGAGUUCUGAUAGAUUAACUGAUCCCCACAGACCACCAUCAGAUACUGGAUCCCUGUCUCCUCCUUGGGACAGAGAACGCAGGAUAAUUCUGCCUCUACCAGGUGAGCCUUACACUGAUCCAGUUCUUCCUCCUCGAAGACAAGAAAGAUUUUUCCCUAAUCCUCCAAAUACUGGAAGACUUUCUGGACCAGCAGAACUGCGAACUUAUAAUGUGCAGUCUUUUGAUAAAACAGAUGGACAAAUAUCUUCAGAAAAUAGCCCACGAACAGAACCAAGUGGAAAUGGGAUGAAAGACCAUUCUAACCUUAGUAACUCACUACCUGAUCCGUCGCUGACAUCUGAAAGUGAAGCCAUCAGUUCAGGGUUUGCUCCUCCACCUUUCCCUCCAGUCAGACCGCCGUUGAUGCCUGUGGAUCCUAGAGCACCUUUCAUGAGACGAGGACCUCCUUUUCCUCCCCCUCCUCCUGCUGGCAUGUAUGGACCACGUGAAUGUUUUCCAGUACGAGACUUUGGGCUUCCACGCCCUCCACUGCCAAUAAGAAAUCCAUUUCCAAUGAGAUCUUAUCCUCACUAUCCACCUCAACGACCUGGAUUUUUGCCUCCACCCCCUCCUCCUGAAAAUAGAGUUGAGCCACCUCAGCUAAAUCCAUCAGCUGUAGAACAACCAGAACCAAAGCAGGAGACUUGACAGAGACAUUUGAGCAAUGAAGCAUUUCUGUACUCUCCUAAAGGCAUUUUCCCUUGUGUUAAGUAACCAUUGUUACUUAGGUAUAUAUAAACUACUUUGCUCAAAUUGAAGCUUAAUAGAAAAUUCUCAGGAUAGUAUUUUGUAAAUAAAGAAUUAAAUAAGUAUGAAUAUUGUGAAUAAGUGAUUUCCAUUGUACGAUAGUCAUUUUAAAUUAAGUAUUUCUAACUUGAGUAAUCUCUUCAGAGGUGUAUAAAAUCAUCAUGUGAACUGUAUUUUAAAAGUCCAGCUGCUUUGUCCUUGUUUAGCUGUACAGGGAAUCUCUCUGCAUGCCAAAAGUGAUGUUUGCUGCUUUAUGAAUAGAAUGUGAAAACAAAUUGAAACAGUUAAUAAAAGUCUACUGAAAAUGAA